ACCUUGGAAACUGAAUGCAGCAUUUUCAUUUUCUGUGUAUAUUCAAAGCCAAUUUCAGCUGCAGUGUAUGCAUACUUCUGCAGAAUGUGAUGUGAAAAAAAGGCAGAGAUACAGAAAAAAACAAAAUCUUCAUUGUUCACGUACAGACCACCGCACAACAAAGUACACCAUAUCACCGACGAUAUACGACAACGUGGUCGAUAGGAAUAUUUUCAAAUUUAUUUUUUUUUCUUUUUUAAAAAAUUAUUUUCUUUUCUCAAACUUUUUUUCUUCAAAAUUUCCAUAUGUAUAUAAAGCUGUGAUUUAAAUUGAAUUUGGAUUAUUCAAAAAGUGAAACACGAGUGAAACGAAUCAACUACUUACGAUUCCAAAGUCUAAAGUGUGCGAGUAAAAUCCAAACAAGAAAUUGCAAAAUCAUCGGUAGAUCUUUUGACUUCGUCGAAUCACUUUUCAUCAAAAAUAAAAAUCAUUCCACAUUUGAUUUCAGGGGAGAGAGUAUUUUUUCGAAAAUCCACAUUUUCCAAUUAAUUACGAAAAACCAAGUGAAAAAUUUGAAACAAAAAAAAACAAUGUUACGCAUUCAGUCAUUAUGGCAACAAUUGUCAAAAUCAUCAUCGAAAAUAUUUGGACAACAAUUAUCGGUAACAUCAUCAAUUGUUAAUGAUCAACAAUUUCGAUUUGUAUCAUCAGAUGGAAAAGUAUCACGAAUUAAAGUUGAACGUCCUAUUGUUGAAAUGGAUGGUGAUGAAAUGACACGUGUUAUUUGGGAAAAAAUUAAAGAAAAAUUAAUAUUUCCAUACAUAGAUCUUGAAUGUCUUUAUUAUGAUCUUGGUCUACCAUAUCGUGAUCAAACCGAUGAUCAGGUUACAUUCGAUGCUGCUAUGGCCAUUCUUAAGCAUAAUGUUGGUAUUAAAUGUGCUACAAUUACACCGGACGAAGCAAGAGUUGAAGAAUUUAAAUUAAAACGAAUGUGGCCAUCACCAAAUGGUACAAUAAGAAAUAUACUUGGUGGAACAGUAUUUCGUGAACCAAUCCUAAGUAAAUCAAUACCAAGAUUAGUACCAGGUUGGACUAGACCUAUAACAAUUGGACGUCAUGCAUUUGGUGAUCAAUAUAAAUGUACGGAUAUUGUUAUCGAUGGACCGGGUACGGUUGAAUUAGUUUAUCGACCAGCUAUUGAUGGUAGUGAAGAACAACGACAUUUAGUCUAUACGUUUGAAAAUAAAACAGCAUCGGGUGGUGUUGCAUUAUCCAUGUAUAAUACUGAAGAGUCAAUCAUUGGAUUCGCUCAUUGCUGUUUUCAAUAUGCCUUGAUGAAAAAAUGGCCAUUAUAUUUAAGUACAAAAAAUACAAUUCUAAAACGUUAUGAUGGACGUUUUAAAGAUAUAUUCCAAGAUAUUUAUGAAAAAGAAUAUCGUGAACAAUUUGAUUCAUUAGGUAUUUGGUAUGAACAUCGAUUAAUCGAUGAUAUGGUUGCACAGGCAUUAAAAUCAAAUGGUGGAUUUGUAUGGGCUUGUAAAAAUUAUGAUGGCGAUGUACAAUCGGAUGUAAUUGCACAAGGUUAUGGUAGUUUAGGUCUAAUGACAUCUGUAUUAGUUUGUCCAGAUGGUAAAACUAUUGAAUCAGAAGCAGCACAUGGAACAGUAACACGUCAUUAUCGUGAACAUCAAAAAGGACGACCAACAUCAACAAAUCCAGUUGCAUCAAUAUUUGCUUGGACACGUGGUCUUGAACAUCGUGCUAAAUUAGAUGGUAAUCAACCAUUAAAACGUUUUGUUCGUAAUCUAGAAAAAGCCUGUAUUGAUGCAAUCGAUGAUGGCCAUAUGACCAAAGAUUUAGCUGGCUGUAUACAUGGUCUUAAAAAUGUUGGCGAAGGCGAUUAUUUAAAUACGAUGGAUUUUAUGGAUGCAAUCGUUGAAAAACUUGAAGAUCGUUUAUCAGGCAAAAAAGAAUGAAUGAACAAACAACAAGUUUAUU